AUUACGGCCCCUGCUGCACACCCUGGCUGAAUUUGGCUGGCUUCUGACAAGCGUGUUGCCGACACCUGUAUUGAGAUACGACAGUGAAGGGAAUUUGGCUACCAAGCAGGUCGUAUUUCUCCAAAGGCCAGUUACGUGGAAUUCAGCUGCUCAGACCCCAGAAAGGAAAGGCAGCCGGCUGCUGAGGGGUGAAGACAGAAACAAGGUUGGCAGCAGGAGCAUAGGCCUGGACACAAGCGCAUGUCAAGCCUCCCAAGCCGCAGGAGGCCGAGCCCCUCUUGAGGAGGGCCCCCCCUCUCCCUCCAGAGAGUGCUGGACCAAGGAAGAGCGGCCCGCGCAGAGCGACAGCUUCUCCGGCUUCAGCAGGAGCGACAGUGCCCUCCGGGAACUGGAUGAUGGACAGUUUGACCAGGAAGAGGGCGUGACACAGGUCACUUGCAUGGAUCUGCAGAUCCAGCUCUGCUGCUUGUACAGGACAAGCUAGUCUACAUGGUGAGUUC